AUGAACCGUCGUCAACCUCCCGAACCACCCAGCUUCUCCGCCAUCCAACAAGGCAACUUCGGCAUCCCGGCUGCAGCUUCUAAAUGGAAUCCCUCCAACAGACUCGCAGCCCGUAUACCGCAUGCACGCUCCUCACCUCUACCCGCACCCCGCGAGCCAGCACCUAGACAGCGAAACCGAUCCAUGUGGUCCCAAGCCCUCAUUCUCUUCAACGUCCUCGGCACACCAUUGUCAUACAGCACAACGCUAGAACACCAUUUCACAACCCUCUUCCCCACGCACUCCCUCCUUUCCCUCGCUUUAAUACCGAGUCUCCAACUCCUCUUCCUCUUCGCGUCGCCGUUGCCAAUCGGUUAUAUAUACCGCUGCAUACUCGACUCCAGUUCCCGACCAUGGGGCUGGAGAGUCUUGUUUGGAGUCGGCAUCAUACUGGCUAUUGCAGCACAGUUCUCGUUGUAUGUGGCGCGGAGUUAUGCCGCUGUGGUAGUGUUGCAAGGACCAGUCCUAGGUACCGCACUGGGGGCUUGUUUUACGAUUAGUAGUCUCGUCCUUGCUGGGCACUACAAAAACGACGUCCCGCUGGUAUCUGUGCAGAGUGGAUUUGCGGGGUUUGCAGGAAGCGUGGUGUAUACCGCCCUAUCGCGAUUCUCCUACCAAAGUAGUGAAGAUGGUAACGGGGCGCGGGUCCAUCUCUACACCGGAGGCGUUAUGGCCGCUACGCUAUUCACCGCAUUCCUCCUCCUCGCGAGACUCGAUCCACGGAAAGAGAAGGAGUGGAUGGAGGGACGUACACUUCAUCUCUCAUCGUACUACUAA